UUGUCUUCAUCAUGUGCUGAAAAUCGAAAAUUGAAAAUUGAAACGACAUACUCUGAAAUGGGAGAUGCGCGACCACCAGCGUCUCUGCAUUCCAAUUUCUUCUCCUCCCUAAAGCAGGUUGAGAAGAGGCUGAAACUAGAGAACCCAUCUCAAAAAUCCACUAUCUCACCGUCACCACUGCCAGAAAACAGCAAGUUAUUAACUGAAGAUUCACUAAGUUCACCCUUAUACCUCCACUUGGACCAACCCAGCAACAAUCACAGCUCAAACACACUGCAAGAUAGCAGUGAACCCCCUCAAGCAUUCCUCUCAUGCUCCCCUCUUUUCCCACCAACCCAAGAAAACCCACCUCAACCCAAUGCCCUGCAUCACUCCACGACCAUCAAUGACACUGAAGCCAGCUCAGUCAAUGAUAUUGAACAGUUAAUUCAACUCUUGGGUUUAUCUCAUUGUCAAGAAGUAGAGGAAGAAAGGGCUGGUUUGGAAUUGAAGGGUGGUGAUGGUAGUGGUUUUGGUGGUAAUUCUUGUCAUUGUGAAGGUGGGUUUUAUGAAAAGAUUGUUGGGGUGAAAGGGCCAAAGUGUGGGAAAGAAGUGGAGAGGUUGGAAGGUUGGAUUAACUACUUUUUGAAUGGUGGUGGGGAGGGGAGCAUUGAGCCUUUCAGGUUGGCACAUUUGCUUUUGGGUAAAGCUGCUUUUGUUUCUGAAGGUGCUGAUCAUGGUUUUGGAGGCUUGGAAUUCCCUUCAACUAUUGGGGAUUUUUUGCUCAAUGAUCCACCCCCAACAGAUUGAUAAGGCAACAAAUCUUUCUUCAUUUUCUUAUUACCUGUCUUAAAUUGUUAGUGUUUCUGCAUAAAUCAACUUUAUGUAAAGGAUAUUUACAAUGAUAAUAUCUGCAGAAUUUCUUCAUAAAAA